GAACUUUGAAGUACGAGGAAACUUCGACGAACGUUCCAAAGCAGCCAUUCAUCGAACCACACGCAAGUCACAAGCGCAGAGAGCAUUACACGCUGUCAACGAUAUAUGUCCAGCACAGGGACAAGCAACCCUUAGGUGCGUCGUGAUUGUCCAGUCAAUGAAGAGAACUGCAAACUGCAUCAACAAACUUUGAGACCUUCAGCGACACAUAAAAUUCCCAAAGAAAGACCGAGAAAGGCCUUCGGUCGGACCGCAGUGAAAUUGGAAUAAACAGAGAGAUGGGUUUAGGUCGUUGAGGAAAAACGUGGACGAGGAGAAGAUUAGUAUCGGCGAGAGUCGACCCGACGUCGGUGAAUGAUACCGGGCGCGCCAGUGGGAGUAGGAUGCAAGGACAGAAAAGGUAGUAAAUGCCGCAACGGGGACCCACGUUCGUGCUCGCUGGCCAGAAAAGGCAAUUGUUGUCAGGAACGAAGCACGCAUCUCGAAUUGGAUCAGUGUGACAUCUGGAACCAGGUGGUCGUCUACGCCGGACAUUCCUCCACAUCAAUCAUGGUCCCGACAGAGCAUAAGUACCACGCCCACAUCGCUUGGAGCCUCGAGCUCUCUUUCUCCUCAUCUGCCAUCGUUGUUCUACAAUGGCCCCGAAGUCAACGCUCGCCCAGGUUUCCCUCAUCUUUGCCUGCGGUACUGCCCUAUUCUCCGAUGGAUACGCUAACGGUGUCCUGGGCAAUGUGAAUACCAUUAUCAAGCGUGUCUAUGGCGCGGAGAACGUCAAUGCACACAAUUAUACCACGAUCUUGAACAGUCUUGUUUUCGCUGGUACCAUAGUCGGCAUGCUGUCCUUCGGCUACCUUUCCGACAGGCUCGGACGUAAAUUUGGUAUGAUGGCCGCGACGGGAAUUGUAGCUCUAUUCUCCGGCCUUUCUGCGGCGUCCAGCGGUGCAAAUCAUAGUUUGCACGGAAUGCUUUCUAUGCUCAGUGCUAUGCGGUUCUUGCUUGGAAUUGGCAUUGGCGCAGAAUACCCUUGCGGUUCCGUCGCAGCAUCCGAACAAUCCGAGGAAGAGGGUGUUAGUAGAAACGCUCAACAUAGAUGGUUCGCCCUUGCUACCAAUUCCAUGAUCGAUUUUGGUUUCGUCGUCUCCUCCUUCGUCCCCCUAGUCCUGUUCUGGAUUUUCGGAAAUAAUCAUCUCCGUGCUGUGUGGCGUCUGUCGCUCGGACUGGGUGUCGUUCCUGCUGUGUUGGUAUUCAUUUGGCGGUUGAAGAUGGAUGAACCGGCACAUUACAAGAAGAACUCGAUGGCGCGCACCAGAACUCCAUACUGGUUGAUCCUUAAGCGUUAUUGGAUCCCUUUCACUGGCAUCUCGCUGGCUUGGUUCCUCUACGACUUCAUUGUAUAUCCAUUCGGCCUUUACUCCUCGACAGUCAUUGACAACAUCACGCACAAUAAUGAUGCGCUCAGUGUCGUCCUAGGCUGGAAUGUUGUCCUCAACUUGUUCUACAUGCCCGGUACUCUCAUCGGUGCAUUCGCCGUCGACUACCUCGGCCCGAAGAACACCAUGAUUACUGGUCUUCUUUGCCAAGCCAUUAUAGGGUUCAUCAUGAGUGGCCUCUACGCUCGCUUGACCAACCACAUCGGCGCAUUCGCCGUCGUCUAUGGAAUCUUCCUCAGCUUUGGCGAGUUCGGACCAGGCAACUGUCUUGGUAUGCUAGCAGCUAAGACUGGUCCUACCGCUGUCCGUGGUCAAUUCUAUGGCGCCGCGGCCGCCAUCGGUAAAGUCGGCGCAUUUGUAGGCACUUGGGCUUUCCCUCCCAUCAUCGAUGCGUUCGGCGGUUCAUCUUCCCCAAGGGGCAACACAGGUCCUUUCUGGAUCGGCAGUGGGCUCGCGGUCUUCAGUGCUAUCGUCGUCUUCCUCAUGGUCAACCCACUUGAUCACGAUGGCAUGAUCAGAGAAGACGCAGCCUUCCGCGAAUACCUCGAGCAAAAUGGCUACGACACUUCACAAAUGGGUAUCCUCAGCGAUACCGAGUCGGUGGCCAGCGUGCCAUCAGAUAUGAAGCAGGAAGUCAUGGACGAGAAGAGACAAGAGGCCGUCUAAAUGAUUCAUAUUCCCGCUCUUCUCCACUUCCGUUCAGACUUUCCUGGGUCUGGACCUCAUGUCAUGUCAUGUCUUCCACACUAAUGAACCAAAUGACCUUGUGAACGGACUUUCCUAGAAGUCUGCUGUGUAAUGUGCUUUUAUCAUACCAUGUUCUUGCUUUUGUUCUGUGUAGCAAUGCUCGUUACGUUUAGAUAUCUGUGUAAUGAAAUGUGGCAGUUGUUGCAUCG